AUGUCGCUCUCAACAUCCGCCGCACUGGUCACUGCAACGACGACGCUGGCAGCAGUAGCCUUGAAUGAGACCAUGACCAUCUCUGGCUUUGGAUACAGAGGCAACAAUCCCGAACCGCAAAUUUUUUUUACCCUCGCUGUCGACAGCAGCAACACUGUGGGUUGUGCCGUGGUGGACUAUGACGUGCCCGGGAUGGGGUAUCCGUGUGAUGAUGUCGAUUUUACCUUUGAUGUCUUGUCGUCGACGGGCUCGGAGUUGCGCUUGCAUCAUGUUGUCAAUGGGUGA